AUGUCCUUCACGGAUUUCCUCUCCUUCGUAGGCACAGCCCUUGUGGUUGCUGUCUGCUUUUAUAUCAUCAACAACCCAGUUGUUAUCGAGGCUGCACCUGUCAUCACCCAGGCUGCCCCUCUUCUACCUAAAAAAAAGGUGCUUCCAAAGCCCCAAGCAGCUCAACUAGUGGCUUCUCCUUCUGCAGAGAAGAGAAACAGAGUUGGAGUGCUUGUCGGCUCAUCCGUGGUUGCUCCUUCUUCUCCAGAGAAGAAGAGAAAGACUUUUGUUAGAUCGUCUUCUCCUCCUCCCUCGGAGAAAAGAUCAACUUAUAGAAAACCCUCUCGUAAAGUAUCCAGGGUUACUAUUAGUUUUUCUUCUGUUGCUGGCGCGCAACUUCUCGAAGACAUCCGAUCUGCCAUUCCUCCCCCGGCUGCUAUUGUUCCAACUGAAGUUGCGUCGGUAUAUGCCGAAAUCUCUGAAGUUGUUUCAAUGGAAGUCGAGAUGACAGAUGCUCCAAUGAUCUCUCAGCUGAAGUCUUGCUUCAAGAGCCCCUCUUCUCGCUUUGCGAAAAGAGUUCGCUUUGUAGGACCAAGCAACGAUUGUAUUCGUGGUCGUCUCAUCACUUAUGUGGUUGAGAAGGAUAUGAUUAACUAUCGUAAGAGACAUGCAGGGGCAAGGAGUAUGCCACACGAGAGCUUUCCUCUUAUUGAGGAGAAGGAUCAGCAAGGCAAUCCUACUGGAUGGUUUUCUAAACAGGAUAGUUUAUUUUAUCCCCCAGAAGACAAGAGUACAUUUGAUCGCUGCGACGAGCACACAAGAUGUCAACAAUGCAGAUUGAGUAUCAUGGAAGGAUUUUGCGAUCCUGAAGUUGAUUUCUCUGAUGAUGUGCUCGAGUCAGACCACCUAAAUGCUCUUCUUCUUCAUGUCCAAAGGGACCAAUAUAGUCGAUACAACUGCAUCCUUCAUGGUGGAAAUUGA